CAGAGGUGUGACACCGGCGAGGCGUGGCUCCCCAGCGGCGUCUGAUUGGUGGCCGAGCAGCGUGCGGCCGAAGCUGGUACCCCGGAGAGCGGUGCGCAGAGCUCACUGCAGCCGAGUCCCGCUGACGCGCAAUGCCUCGUUUUACUGUCCACAUCCGAGAUGAGUGGCUGGCAGUGCCUUGCCGUGACACCUCCAACACGAUCCAGUGGCUGGGACAAGAAGCGCUCAAACGCUACGUGAAGAACAAACCAGACAACGGCGGCAUCAAGGCUGUGAAGGACACGCGUUUUGUUGUGCGCAGGUGCCAGGGUUUGGGUUUGUUGGACGCGGAUGACACCAUCGAGGAUGUACUGGAGGAUAAUGACUUUGUUGAACUUGCUAUCGAAGGAGAUACCAUGUCUCCAGACUUUAUCCCUUGUGAGCCUGGAGUUUCUCAUCUUACAGCAGCAUUCAAAGAACCGAGAGAGUUUAUUUCUAUGGAUGGCAACAGCCUGUCAUCGACAGAUCUGGUUAACUUGGGCAGAGGGCUCUACAAGAUAAAGCUGACUCCUGAGGCAGAAAGGAAAGUUGUGCAAUCCAGAGAGCUUUUGGAUACCAUUGUAAAAGAAAACAAAGUUGUCUAUGGAAUCACAACAGGUUUUGGAAAAUUUGCCCGAACUGUCAUUCCUGUCAGCAAGCUCAAGGAGCUCCAGGAGAACUUGGUACGAUCACAUUCAGCAGGUGUGGGAAACCCGCUGAGUCCUGAGAGGACCCGCAUGCUGCUCGCUCUGAGGAUCAAUGUCCUGGCCAAAGGGCACAGUGGAAUUUCUCUGGAAACCCUCCAUGCCAUGAUCCAGGCCUUCAACGCUUCCUGCCUCUCUUUUGUGCCUGAGAAGGGAACAGUGGGUGCUAGUGGAGACCUGGCACCCCUGUCUCACCUGGCCCUGGGGCUGAUGGGAGAGGGUAAAAUGUGGUCUCCCAAGAGCGGCUGGGCAGAUGCCAAAUACGUUCUGGAGGCCCAUGGACUAAAGCCAAUAACACUAAAGCCUAAAGAGGGCCUUGCUUUGAUCAACGGCACCCAGAUGAUAACCUCUCUUGGGGCAGAGGCCGUGGAGCGAGCCCAAGCGAUCGCCCGACAGGCAGAUAUUAUAGCUGCUCUCACCCUGGAGGUGCUGAAGGGAACCACCAAGGCCUUUGACAGCGACAUCCACUCGCUACGGCCCCACCCAGGACAGAUAGAAGUGGCCCAGCGUUUCCGCUCGCUGCUGGACUCGGAUCAUCAUCCAUCACAAAUUGCAGAGAGCCACAGGUUCUGUGACAGAGUCCAGGAUGCCUACACCAUGCGCUGCUGUCCUCAGGUUCACGGAGUUGCCAAUGACACGAUAAAAUUUGUGCUAAACAUCAUCAAUACAGAAAUCAACAGCGCCACUGACAACCCCAUGGUGUUUGCAGAAAGAGGCGAGACCAUUUCAGGUGGGAAUUUCCAUGGAGAAUACCCUGCUAAGGCUCUGGACUUUUUAGCCAUCGCAGUCCACGAGUUGGCUUCUAUCAGCGAAAGGAGGAUCGAGAGGCUGUGCAACCCCUCUCUGAGUGAGCUGCCGGCCUUCCUCGUCAAUGAGGGGGGACUCAACUCAGGAUUCAUGAUUGCCCACUGCACUGCGGCUUCCUUAGUUUCAGAAAAUAAAGUUUUGUGCCAUCCAUCUUCCGUGGACUCCUUGUCCACCAGUGCUGCCACAGAGGAUCAUGUGUCUAUGGGAGGCUGGGCUGCCAGGAAGGCCUUGAGGGUCAUAGAGCAUGUGGAGCAAGUUCUUGCUAUCGAGCUGCUGACGGCGUGUCAGGGUAUCGAGUUCCUCCGCCCGCUUCGUACCACCACUCCACUGGAGAAGGUCUAUGAACUUGUGCGCAGUGUGGUCAAACCGUGGUUUAAAGACAGAUUCAUGUCUCCGGAUAUUGAGGCUGUUCAGCGUCUCCUGCUCGACCAGAAGGUGUGGAAUGUGGCCAAACCUUAUAUUGACAAGUACCAGACAGAGUACAUCCCCGAGUCCCGCCCCAUCUCUCCAACCGCCUUCUCCCUGGAUCCUCCAGCGUCACCGAGGAAACGUGUUCGACAUGAAUGAAAACCUGUCCAAAACAAGUUUUUUUGUUUCUUUUCAAUAACUAAAACUGAAUUUCAAUGAAUGAAAAUCAACCAAGAUCUUGAUAUGAGGUUACAAUAUUCUUUUGUCCCUUGCAGACGAAAUUCAUGUUGAUUUCUUUCAUUCAAGUUUUAAUCCUUGAGGAUAUUUUAGUAACUUAUGAAUUGUCUAUACGAUAUAUACGGUAUAGUUCUCUGUAAUUACUGCCCUACACUACUGUGCAUUAGAGUUGUAUUUAUCUAAACUUUUGUUGUCCCUAAUUUAGUUUUUACUGCCACUUGACUACCUCAACCAUUGUAAUAUUCCAUAUCAGAUGUUUUGUAAUGAUGUAGCAAAAACAAUAGUAUGAUUUCAUAUUUUUUCAGGUUUAAUUAUUUGAAAUUUUGAAUAAUUGUCACAUAUACAUUCCCAACUUAACAUAAUAAAAGUUUAUAAAAUGUG